GGGGGCGGAGCAACUCAUCCGGGGGAGGAAGGAGACGGCACCGGUAUGAUUUCUUUAAAAAUCGUCUUUAAAAUGUCCCGUCCCUUACCGUCCCUUACCGUCCCCCCCACCGUAUAAUCCGUUUUGAUAACUGCAGGGAUUGUUUUAUUUUAUUUUUUACACGUGACCCAGAGGUGCGUAAGGAGUGACGUCACUGCUUCUUCUCGAAACGUGUUGGGCUCAAGGUUAUUACGUUGCGGCGUGGACAAGAUGCAGCACGGCUCGGUAGACAUGCGCCGCCCCCGCUGCGGCGUCGAGACUGCGUCCGGACAGAGGACGUGAUCGUCGGAUCGAGAGGAAGGAGAAGAGGCGGGCGGGCAGCGUUGCGGGCGGCUGGAGGCGGUGGCGGUGGGGACGGAGCGGGGUGACUUGUGUUCUCCGCCACCAUGGCCAGAGCUCUGCGCAGGCUCAUUCAUCUGGUUCUCUUCUGCCCUCUGUCCAAAGGCCUGCAGGUGAAGUACCUCCUCCUGGCGUGGUUGGGCGUCCUGGUGGCCAGUUGGGUGCUCUACAUGCAAUAUGCUUCCUACUCGGAGCUAUGCCGCGGACACGUUUGUCAGGCCACCAUUUGCGACCACUACAACAGAGGCGUCAUCUCUGGGUCAUCCUGCAAGGCUUUGUGUGAGCAGAAAACGCUGACGCUGCGCCACUGCAUGUCCACCUCCUCACAACAUCAGGUGUACGCCGGCCAUUGGAAGGAGAGGCCGGUGGUGAUCAAGUGCAGCAUCGAGGAUGGUGCCAAUGCCGACGGUGACCCGGAUUUGGCAAACCGCCGGAAGAGCAGCCUGUUCGACAAACCCACACGCGGAACCUCCGUGGACGAGUUUAAGGAGAUGUUGCACCACUUCCUUAAGGCUAAUUUCGGGGAGCAGCAGUCCUUGAGCGUGCUGGUGGACAGAAUCAUUUCACUGGCGGAUGUCAACCAAGACGGCAAACUGUCCCUGGCAGAGGCCAAGUCCAUCUGGGCCCUGUUGCGAGUCAACGAGUUCCUCCUAAUGGUGGCGCUGCAGGAGAAGGAGCAUACCACCAAGAUACUGGGCUUCUGCGGGGACCUGUAUGUGACCGAGCCGCUGGGCCACACCUCGCUCUACAGGCUGGAGGUGCCGCCUUACCUGCAGCCUCUGGUGCCUGGGGCCCUGGUGUCCGGGUUGAACCACUGGCUGGCCCCAGCCUGGCCCCGCCGGGCCCGCAUCACCAUCGGCCUGCUUGAGUUUGUGGAGGAGGUCUUCCACGGGCCCUACGGCAGCUUCCUGAUAUGUGACGCCAGCCCGCGCCACGUGGGCUACAAUUCCAAGUACGACUGCAAGAUGGCCGACUUGCGUGCUGUCGCCUCAGAGGCCGCAGUGCGGGCGCACCUGAAGGGGCGACGCUGCGAGACCAACGUCGACUGCACGUACGGCCGCGACUGCACGGGCACCUGCGACCGGCUGGCCAAGCGUUGCAACGCUGACGUGGUGCAGCCCAACCUAGCCAAGGUGUGCGCCCUGCUCCAGGACUUCCUGCUCUUCGGGGCGCCGCCCGAACUGCGCGGCGACCUGGAGCGCCAGCUGCGCACGUGUGUCACCCUCAGCGGGCUGGCAAGUCAGAUGGAGGUGCACCACUCGCUGGUCCUCAACAACCUCAAGACCCUGUUGUGGAAGAAGAUCUCCAACACGCAGUACUCUUGAGGGACUCGGGGAACUCAUACCAUACCGAAUCAGCUUGCAAAAAAUGGCCGAACGUGGAAGCUCAUCUAACCAGGCACACCCGCGAUUGCGUCUCCAAAAUGGGAAAAAGAGUGGCGGAAUUCCUUUUUGCAUUCAGGUAGAAUGAAAAUUAUGGGACAGACGCAAUUACGCAAUACAUUUGGCAUGCGCAAAGUAAUUUAUAAAACCUGAGACCAAUUGCGCUGGCUGCUUUUGCUUACUAGCGUGUCUGCUUAACGAUGACUGCGGUCAUCGUGGCAAGGAGAUGGUGGUGUAGGUAAAAUGAGAGGCUUGUGUUUUUGAAAUGCAAUUUUGGAGCUUCUGCUUCCAGUUCUCCCUUCAUUGAGUCAAUUCAGCGGACGGUGAAACUUGGUCCUGUCGUCUCCUGGAGCAAUUUUUUUAUUUUUAUUUUUUGUCAGAUGUGCUGUCCCAAGUUUUGAGAGCAAUGUUACGCAGGAUGAGCACAUACAUGCAGUUGCUACACUCUUAAUGAGUUGAAUCAAACAAAACGUGGUUGCUGAAGUGUUAAUAUAUUUCUUUUCUGUAACCUAGUAAUAUGCUUGUCUCAUCCACUAACACUUCCAAUUCCAACUUCAUUUUGCGCUUGCAUUGCACUCCCAAAAUGUCCACGGUGAAAACCAUCAGCGCUACACUACAGUGCAAACUCCUCAUUUAAAUAUGGAAGUCUCCACCACCUUUGCACCUGUUGCCGAUUGCUUCGCAUUGUUAGCAGAUCACGUGCAACACGCCCACAAUGUGCAAUCAGUUAGCGCGAACAAACAUUUUAGCAUCCGCUAUUUGGGAUCUUAGUACAUCAUUCCCUUCGGACUUGAGGAUACUAGUGUUACGAUAUGUGUAGUCAAGUAAGUACAAAGACUGACGAAACCUGUAAAUAUUCAAAAUGUUCAACGGGAAAGUGCUGUAAAAUGGAUCUUGCUCACCGUCCCAAUUAAAGUUUUGCACAGUGGAACGUCUAAAACUGUUUGUGCCAAGGCACAUAUUUUACAUUUAAAAACAAAACAAAAACCUCACAACACCCCAACAAAAAUGUCAUAAAAAUUACUGAAUACUGAAAUAAUGAUCUCAUCUCAAUUUACAAAUGUACUGUGAAAUCUGUUUACUUGAAUAGCUUUAUACGUGUGUAUGAAUGGCAGCAUGAGUGUACACAGGUUAAUUGUACUUGCUGCCAUCUAGUGCAAGAGCGUUUAAUCGUUCUGUCUUUCAUUAUACGUCACUGGCAUAGGUAGAUGAUCAAAGACAUUGUAGUAAGAAAAAUGAUAAUGAAAGUAAAACGGGGCAAAAAAACCUGAAAAUUGAAGCCGGAGCACCCGGAGAAAACCCACGCCGGCACGGGGAGAACACGCAAACUCCAUUUCAACCCAAGUUCUCUGAAUUGUGAGGUAGAUGUGCGAACCAGUCACCCAUCGUGCCGCUAAAAUAUUUGUAAUUUUAUUCAUUGUUAUAUCAACAUAGAUUCCCCUGUAGUUACAGUUGAUCGACAAUGAACAUAAGCAAUGCGAUGCGCUAGUUGCGUUGCCGCAAAUGUGUUUUACUGUUUUUUUGUGUUAGUAUUAACAGUGGUUAACUUAUUUUUUUUCCACUUGAGUGAUCAUGCAAAACAUAAACAAAUGUUUCAGUUUUAUUAACAACCAUGGCUAACUUAUUUUUACACAUUUGUGACAAGUACUAAACAAAUGACAGAUUUGUGAGUUACAAAUACGUUUCUUUAUUUUGCUGUUUUAAUGCUGACUGGUUUACUUAUUUUUACACUCGGGAGACAAUAAAGAAUGUAAAAAAGUGAUUUUGAACUUUGCCUAUGCAGAUAGAUGUUCAAGGAUAGAAACAAUUUGACCUACGACAGAUUUUUUUAUUUUUUUUUUCAUGAUUUCCGGUGGGGAAAAAGUUUCAAAUCGGAACAAGUGGAGCAAGCAGUGUAUGGACGUUUUAGAGGUUCCCCUGUUUAUAAAAAAAAAAAAAAAAAAAAAAAAAAAAGACGAAAGAAAAAGGGAACCGAGUUGUAGACAAUCAACUGUGAUUAAAAACUUGACUGGACACUU